CAAUGAGACCUAUUCACUUGAAUAAUUUGGGAUAUUGAAUCAUGAGAUGAGUCAAAAUAGUCCAGAGAAAGACUGCUCGUCUUGAAUUCCACAGCCACACGAGAACUUCCCUUGAGCACUUCGGCCCUUCACUGCGGCCUUUCUUAUCAACGUCCGCUUCUAUCCUGACAAACCAAACGAUGGUCUCAUCUCCCGCUCCCUCAGGCUACGUAUACGUGGGAUGUUACCCCGACAGCGUGGUCCGCCUCUUAGAUGGAGCGAGCGUGGCCAUGUCCAAUCUCACAAUAGCCGCCUGCGCAAACUAUUGCAACACGAUAAGCAGCACACGCUUUUAUCCCCUCAUCGGUGUCGAAGACAAAGACCAAUGUUUCUGCGGCACCAACUUCACUCGCGAUCCGGGAACUGCGAACGAGUUCGGUUGUAACGAUCCGUGUAACGGAAAUGCGAAUCUGACGUGUGGAGGUCAGGGAUAUAUUAAUGUGUAUAAUGCGACUUCGGUACCUGCUGGUUUGAAUCCAUUGCCAGUUCCAACUACAACUACAUCAAGCGUUCUGGGGGGCAUCACGAUCAUUCCUGUUGAUACAGCUCCCGCAAUCUCGACAACCCCGACACCCUCUCCGACUCCGAUUCCGUCUACAAAGCCAUCUCGAGCUCUUGUGGCUUUGUCGAUCAGUGCUGGUGUGCUGAUGGCUUUCUUGCUCGCGGCUCUUGAUGAACUUCCGGGUGAAAUCGCCGAUUCCGAGUAUGGGAUAUACGGAAGUUCCUUACAUAGCACCCCGCACAUCAAGCUUCCAGUGAAUUGGGGAGGAUGGUAAACGGUUGCAUGUUGGGAGGGAAUGGAGUUACGGGCUACUUAGCCAUCUCAAUGUUUGAAAAUGAGUAGAUGGUUUUCGCGCAUGUUUUGCUCAUGAACUUCUUCUGGUCGCAGUCUAGUAUCAUUGAAAAUGUGAACAUUCUCAUUAAAAGUGGUAUAGCAGAUAAAGCAACUGUGGAGCUAAGUAGACUGCCUGUCUUUCUGAAGAACAAAGUAACCUCCGACCCACGCUUGAAGACUCCGCCAAACAGCUCAACU